AUGAAGUCCACCACCAACCUUCUCGCCGGCGCCGGCGACGCCGUCGCGCCCGCGGCUGCCACGGCGCCGCCGGUGGCCAUGGAUAUAGGGGAUCCCUCUGGCUCCCUUGUAGAUGGGGCCUGCGACGGGGACCCCCGCGCCGCUCUCCUCCGGCUGGUUGCUCUCGGCGACCGCAUGGCUGCCGUUCGGCGCCGCAUCGCCGCAUCUAUGUCCGGGGAAUCUGAGCCCCUCUCUUCCGCCGACAUCCACUCCGUCUCCUCCGAGAUCUCCUCCGCGGCUCACCUCGUCGUCCUCAACGCUGCCUCGCUCCUCUCUUCCGCUAUCCCCUUUCGGGCUCCAUCUCCAUCUCCGCCUCCGCCCCCUCCCGCUCCGGUCCAGGAGCUCCCUCCUGUGGUCCCCGUUCCCCAAGAGCUCUCGCAAGAGGCAGCCAAGGGCGACGGCGACUACGACGUCGUCGAGCUCGACGCCUCCGAGCUGCUCGCGGAGCAUGUGCACUUCUGCGACAUCUGCGGCAAGGGGUUCCGCCGCGACGCCAACCUCAGGAUGCACAUGCGCGCGCACGGCGACCGCUUCAAGACCUUGGACGCGCUCUCCCGGCCCGGCCAGCCGAAGCAGCCUGCCGGCCGCGAGGUGCGGUUCUCCUGCCCUUACGCUGGCUGCAACCGGAACCGUGCGCACCGCCGCUUCCGGCCGCUCAAGUCGGCUGUGUGCGCGCGCAACCACUUCCGCCGGAGCCACUGCCCCAAGCUCUACGCCUGCGAGCGGUGCGGCGGCAAGAAGCGAUUCGCUGUUCUUGCCGACCUCCGGAGCCACCUCCGCCACUGCGGCGAGGAGGCGCAGUGGCGCUGCUCCUGCGGCACCACCUUCUCCCGCAAGGAUAAGCUGUUCGGCCAUCUCGCCCUGUUCGAAGGCCAUAAGCCAGCGAUCGCCGAGCCGAACAAGGGUGUGGUGACAGCACCUGCAGAGGCAUCAUCGAUUUCUAUGAUGGAGGAAGGCGGAGUUGACGCGAACUGUGACCGGGAGGAGGACGACGAGGGUGGCUUUGAUCCGGAGUUCUUCCAGGAGUGGAUGGAGGAGCUCAGAGGUGGUGCUGUUACCCCCAAUUGGUCUGGGCCCUCAGAAGUUGGACACUGACAUUGGAACAAGAGCAAUUUGGGCUUAUGGUAUGAAGGCUUGCGGCUAAGUGACUGGAAAGGUGAAUGAAGAAGGGGGUCUUAUGAAGAACGGAGAUGCUUCCUUCCCUCGUGUGUGUGCACGGGGCGUGCCUCUGCGUGCGCUCGUUGUGGCGCACUGCUUUUGCACAUCCUCUCUCUCUUCCUCUCAGUCCACCUGGCCUCACCUCUUUUACCGUUCGCUGUUGCUCUAGCUGCUAUGCAGCUAUACCAGACCUGUUCGUUUUCUUUAGCGACCCAUGAGAAGAACCUUCAUAACCUGGAAAUACCAAAUGGUCAAAGAUGUUAGUCGUUGGUACAUCGUGUUGUAUGCUCGCUGUUUGUCUUUCUGGAUGCUUGCAGGUAGAGGUUGGAAUGGGCCAAGCCCCGUGGGUUUUUUCAAUUUUAGCUCAAAACUCUAUAUAAUUUUAUUUUAAACCCAUUUUAAACCCGGUCCUUAAAUUUUAUAGGCAAAAUGGUUAGGUU